AUGGACUUUCCACGCCUCCUCCUGGCCUUGUGCUUCCUGUUAACAUUCUCCCUCACCAGCGCCUACGAUGCGCCCCUCGUCACUCUAGACUAUGGCACCUUCCAGGGCAGCUAUGAUGCCACCUACAACCUCUCCUACUUUCGCAAAAUCCCCUUUGCAGCACCAGCCACAGGCGAGAACCGCUUCCGAGCGCCCCAACCCCCGUUGAACAUCACCAAUGGCACCUACGACACCGACCAAUCCUUUGACAUGUGCCCUCAGCGCACCGUCAACGGCUCCGAAGACUGCCUCUACCUAGGUCUCUACUCCCGGCCCUGGGACACCUCCUCGUCCACCACCAGCCGCCCUGUCUUAGUCGUCUUCUACGGCGGCGGCUUAUCGAAGGCGACGCCCUCUUCGGCAUGCCCCCCAACGCCUACCCCGUGCUCAACGUCAGCACCCUAAACGACUACAUCGUCGUCUAUACCAACUACCGCGUCAACGCCUUCGGCUUCCUCCCUGGCCAAGCCAUCAAAGACUCGCCCACCUCUGACCUUAACCCGGGCCUCCUCGACCAACAGUACGCCUUGAAAUGGGUUAAAUCCCACAUCCACCGCUUCGGCGGCAACCCCAACAAUGUCACCAUCUGGGGCCAAUCCGCCGGCGGAGGCUCCGUCGUCGCCCAAAUCCUCGCCAACGGCCGCGGCUCCAACCCAAAACUCUUCUCCAAAGCCCUCGCCAGCUCGCCCUUCUGGCCGAAAACCUACGCCUACAACGCCCCUCAAGCAGAAGCCAUCUACACCCAGCUGGUAAACCUAACGAACUGCACCACAGCCUCUGAUACCCUCAAAUGCCUUAAAGAAGUUGACGUUCAAUCCAUCCGCGACGCAAGCCUCAUCAUCGACGCGGACAACACCUACACAACCUCAUCUUAUACCUGGGCCCCCGUCAUCGACGGAACCUUCCUCAUCGAACCCCUCACCUCCGCUACCGCCUCCAACACCCUUAAAACUGAUCUAAUCUGGGGCAUGUACAACGCCCACGAAGGCGAGAACUUCAUCCCCCCGGGACUAGAAGAUACAACCACAACAAACGGCUUCAACUCCUCCCUCGCGUCCUUCCAUAACUGGCUAACUGGCUUUCUUCCCGGUCUUGAUACAAGCGAUAUCAAUCUCAUCGAAUCGAAAUACUACCCUGUUUCUGGAACAGCAGAAACACUAUCCUAUAAUACGACGUUCGUCCGCGCGGGACUUGUUUACAGGGAUGUGGUGCUCGCGUGCCCGGCGUACUGGGUUGCUUCUGCGGCGGGCGAGAAGGGGUAUGUUGGGGAGUAUACCAUUCCGCCGGCGAGACAUGGAAGUGAUACUGAAUGGUGGGACACUGUGUCCACAGUCCAACAAACCGACCCAUUGAUCUACGAUGGCUACGCCGGCGCAUUCGCCAGCUUCUUCCAGACGGGGGACCCCAACGCACAUAAAUUGACGAAUGGAUCGGAGCCCGGCGUGCCGGAGGUACAGCAGACAGCGGAGGAAUUUGUGAUUGCCACAGAGGGGUUUGAGAAUGUGGGGCUGGGCGAGUUGGAAGAUCGGUGUGCGUUUUGGAAGUCUGUUGGGAAGAAGAUUCCUAUUUGA